GUGAAACGUCACAAUCCACGUUUAAAAUAGAGAAUUGUAUCACUUAAAUUGCAAUAAAUUCAUGUCUCCUAAAUAGUUUAUUGCAAAUUAAAAGUCGACAUUCAAAUGCUAUUAAAUCCUGCUGCGCAUGCGCAAAAUGUAUUCUCAUCCAGCCUGUUAGUUCUGGCAGCAGGAACCAAUGACUGAGCAACUUUUUUCAUGAAAUAAAAUUAAUUGACUUCGCCCUACUAUCAAAAGAAAAAAUAUGAUAUUUGACUACCUUUUAAAAAGUUAGACAGUGAUAUAGGCGACCUACAAAACAUAGCACAACAUACCACACAGUGCUAAAUACUGUUUUGACUGUUUGAGUACAACAGUGGAGUCACACAUAUCUGAUGUCUAACUCCACACUUUUCUAUAGAUGCAUAAAUAUUCAACAGAGGGGGCAGAAAAUGUGGCCUGCUCAUGCACAUUCAUCCUCCACUGAGCUGUAUAUUGGGCUCUUUUUUCCACCAUAGAUAUUUUGACAAGUUUAAGGUGUAAAAUGCGUCACUGAUAACAUUAACAAUGGCUUUGUUCAGUUAAUAUGUCAGUACAUUGUGGCAGUAGUGGCACUAAGUCAGCACACACUCUGAAACUGAGGAAACUACAUUCAUAGGCCACUUUAUUAGGUACACAGGACACUUGAAAUAGGCAGGAGAGGCACCUAGUGUGGUCCAUCCAAAUUGUAAUUUGACUUACUGUGUUACUGUGCCAUUGCUAUUGUUAUGAACCAGUCAUUUGACCUAUGGCAUCAACAAGACAUUUUUGCCCAGACAGCUGUCUCUUACUGUCUCUUUUUUGGACCAUUUUAUGAAUGUCUUCUUGCAUAUGAGAGUUAAUUUCACACGUGUAACAAGCUUCCUGGCUAAAUAAAAUGUGGGAUGCAAAUCUCAGCAGCUGUAUAACCAGUUCUGCCAAAAGGAAUGCACACCCUGUUUAUUUUAUUUUGUAGAACCUUCAGAAUAAAAUGGUGGUGCUCAUGUUAUAUUUGGGUGAAUUUCACGUGGACAAUGUGUAUUUCAUACAGGCCAUUGCUUUUAUUGUGGCAAUAAAAUUCAAUAAAAAUAGAGAAUACUCACCUCAGACGCUCCACAAUCAGUGCGCGAUCCCAUCAGGUGCGUGCCUCAGACAAGCACGUUCUCUUUCCGCCACAUCGUCGCCACGUGAUCCCGACCCCGCCUAUUCGAUGACGUUGCACUGCUGGCUGACGCGCAUUCACGGAUGUGGCUUUGGCGGACUGACUUUUAAAGCUUUUUCUCGCUCCUGACACUUAAAACGGGCACAAAUGGAGCAACUAGCUCCUAUGCGGCUCUACACCCUGUCCAAAAGACAUUUUGUCCUGGUCUUCGUGGUGUUCCUGGUCUGCUUCGGCCUCACAUUGUUCGUUGGGGUCGCAGGUCCUCGGGUCAUUGCUGAGCAAGAGCACAGUGGUGAUCAGUUAUUGGUAAAAAAUGCCUCAGUUAAGACGGGGCCCUUCAUCCUAGUUUCUCCUCCUCUCACCACAUACAACCAGCAGCUAUGGCUCACCUGUGUGAUGCAGGCCGAAAACAGCAAUAUGGGAGACUUUCGGCAGCCUUUUGAAAUCAACGUGGAACUGAAGGGAGUGAUGCAGGACGCCAGCGUGAUGCACAUUAACAACGUGCACCAGAAAUCCCGAACGCUGCACUGCAUGAAUAAAUGUGAGGAGAUUAUUGUGCUUCAUCUGGGAUAUUUGAACUACACCCAGUAUCAGGUUGUGGUCAGUUUCAAGGACCUUGAAAACAUCACGUUUGAACUCAAGGUUAAGUUUGUGUGGAAAACGUAUAAUCCCACCUUCUCACAAGUAGAAAUCUGGUUCCGGUUCGUUUUUGUGGUGCUGACCUUCAUGGUGACGUGUCUGUUUGCUCAUUCUCUGAGGAAGUUUUCGAUGAGGGACUGGGGCAUCGAGCAAAAAUGGAUGUCUAUCCUGCUCCCAUUGCUUUUACUCUACAACGAUCCAUUCUUCCCACUGUCAUUCCUGGUCAACAGCUGGUUCCCUGGGACGUUGGAUGAUUUCUUUCAGGCUCUGUUCCUGUGUGCUCUCUUACUCUUCUGGCUCUGCGUCUACCAUGGCAUCAGAGUUCAGGGUGAGAGAAAGUUCCUGACGUUCUACCUGCCUAAGUUGAUCAUUGUCGGUCUUCUGUGGCUCUCAGCGGUUACACUGGGUAUUUGGCAAACGGUCAAUGAACUCAAGGAUCCUACAUAUCAGUACAAAGUGGAUAUCGUGAACUUUCAGGGCAUGAAGAUCUUUUUCCUGAUUGUGGUUGCCCUCUACAUCCUCUACCUGAUUUUCCUCAUUGUCAGAGCUUGUUCUGAACUCAAAAACAUGCCGUACUCGGAUCUCCGGCUCAAGUUUUUGACGGUGCUGACGUUUGUGGUGCUCAUCAUAAGCAUGGUUAUUCUCUACCUGAGGUUUGGUGCCAAGGCUCUCCAGAACAACUUUGUGGCUGAACUCUCUACUCAUUAUCAAAACUCAGCUGAAUUUUUAUCCUUCUAUGGUCUUCUCAACUUUUACUUGUACACAUUAGCAUUUGUGUAUUCCCCCUCCAAAAAUGCCCUUUAUGACUCCCAGUUGAAGGAUAAUCCUGCGUUCUCCAUGCUAAAUGACUCGGAUGAUGAAGUAAUAUAUGGGAGCGAUUAUGAAGACAUGCCUUUACAAAAUGGACGCGCAAUCAAAGCAACUGCCAAGUACCAGGACGAGAGUGACAGUGACUGAAUCUCGCACUCGUCUUUUUUCCAGUAUUCCUGUUGAAAAACCACAAGAUUUCAUGAAAACAAUCAAUCCCAUGUACAGUAUGUGUACAUAAGCAAGUAUUUGGAUGGAAUGAUAUAUUGUUAAGUGUACAUAAAUCUAUUUUUUAAAAAAAAGGUUCCAUGUCUAUUGAAUGUACUGUAAUUUCACUGAAAGUUGAAGAUCCUCCUCCUGUUUAUACUUUAUACUUCCAGUCUCACUGAAAAACAAAUGUUUACAUUAUGUAAACAUAGAUCUGUGGAGGAAAGUGAACCUGCAACCGUGUGACUUGGACGAUCACAUGGCUGCAGGCUCGGUAGAAUAAAAUCAAACAAUGUAAACAUGUAAAAUGCCAGAUAUUUCACUAAUGUGAUUAUUUUAUCUUUACAUCCGUAGUUAAAAAUAAUCAGGUAACAUGUUAAUUUCUCUUCUCUUUUUUUAAUGCUUUCUUGUCUUUCUAAUUCGAUUCUGUGUUGUUUUUGCCAUUCCACUCUGUUUUCUGACCACCUGAGUUCAUAAUAGCAGUGCUGGCUGUGACAAUGUGUUUUAAAUAUAAUACAGAAAGAGCCUUAACUGUACACAGUGCCACUGAUUUUCCACCACUCCUUACCAGAGCUUUUCGUUGAAAGCAGCUUUGUUAUUGCACUCCUUUCACUUUUAUGUUAAUUGUAUUUAUUUUGCUGCAAGGUGGUGACAUUUGAUACUGUAUUAUCUGAUUACUUGGACACAUUUUGAUUAACUGCAUGGAUUUCUAAUGAUGUUGUGUUAAUGUACUACUGAUCUAGAAAGUGAACAUUUCUUAUCCCUGCACAUGUGGUAUUUAUACCAUUAGCCAAAUAGUUUUUGCCUUAUGUAAAUCACGACUAUUUAAGGAAAUUUUUCGGGUCCUAACUUUGCCAUUUUCUGCCAUGAAUACAAUUGGCAAAAAACAAUUGUUUUCCUAGUUUGUAAAAUCUCAAUGUGGAUUCAAAUCAAGAUGGUGCCUUGUCUUUACAUAAAUGGGCUGCAGUCUUAAAUCAUGUAAAUACCUGAUUUGUCAGAGUGAAUGUAACAUGUUGAUUUGAGGUGGUCAAAUGAGGUAAUUGAGAGUUAUGAUAUGUUAGACAUUUUUUUUGAGAUUUUUCUUAUUUUAUGAGAAAAUGUGUACAUGUACCACACUUUCAUUUCACAUACAAUAAAGUCAGUAUAUACCCCA